AUUUCAAUCUUAAAUUGUGUACAUAAAAACUACAUAUUUAUAUCGAUGUUAAAUUUCAAAACAUUACAUGAUUGUUAAAAAUAAAUAUUACAUAAUGACACAAUCGUUUGAUAACUUCCAAAUUAGUACAUGAUCCGGUUUCUAAAACAUUAUUAACGUGUUUCUUCUCUCUUUCAAUUUCCCAAUAUUUACUUUCCAAUUUCAAAUUUUAGUCAAUAUUUACUUUCCAAAUUCAUUUUUGUUCAUAUUAUAACCCAUAUUUGCCAACCCAUAUGAGCUCUGUAACCCAUUCUCUCCAAAUCUUUUUAAAUUCACAACCCUUCCUUUCUUCUGUUCCCCACUCCAACUUCAAAUUUUAUUUUAUUACUAUAAUUUAAUCCCCAUUUUUUAAAGAAAAAUAUCGAACCUUCAUCUUCAUAUAAUCAUCUUUUUCUUCUGAUUUUUUAGCCUAUUCUCUUGCUUCUGGAAAAGGGUAUCUAACAAAGCUUUGUUCUUUUAUGGUUUAAAAUCUUUUCUGAGCAUGUGAACUUCGGGUGAAAGGUCACCUUCCUUGGCUCUUUCUAAGUUUUUCUAUCUUAAAAGAUUCUCAAUUUAUUUUUCUUCGUUUUAAGUAAUGGGGUUUUUUCUCAAUUAUUUAGAAAUUAUGAUAAAAAAAAAACUUAUGAGUUAAGUUCAUAUGGAGCUUGAUUAUUCAAGUUAGUGUGGAAAAUCUUGAAAAAAAGUUGAAUCUUUUUGGAGUGUAAACAAUAACAUGGCAUCCUUUAGUCGUUUAGGAAUUGGUUUGAGUUUUCUCUUUGGAUUUGUCCUCUUAGCUUUUGCCUUAGAGCUCUACUAUCUUGUAUGGUGGAAGAAGAGAAGACACGAUAUUGAAAACCAAAACUCUCCUUCUUCUUCUUUUUCCAAAUACACCCCUACUCACAUCUCCUCUUGUUUCAAAAACCCUAAUUCUUCAACAAUCCCCGAAACCCAACAGAAAGAUUUGCAGAAUUCUUCUGAUGAGAGUGAGAAUCGUGAAAAACAACAAGAGCCCACACAAAAAGAUCCGCCAUUGAAGGGUUUCGGUGAAGAAAGCAUCGAUCUUGAACUCAUGAGGCUUCAUAAUUUAUGUGGCCCUCCGAGGUUUCUUUUCACAAUCAACAAAGAAACCAGUUUGGAUAUGGAAUCAGAAGGUAGAAGGGGUUCAAGAACAGUAAGUUUGAGUGAGCUUCUUCACACACCAGAUACACCAAUUUCGUUAUCGCAUUUUAAGAAGGCCACACAAGGUCCCAAUUUGGAAGUUUAUAUGAAUCCAUUGUAUGAUUUUGACUCUAAGGAUUUUGAUUUCAACAAGAUUAGAUCUUCACCACCUCCCACGUUCAAAUUCUUGAGAGAUGCAGAGGAGAAAUUACUGAGAAGAUUGAUGGAAUUAGAAUCUGAGAAAAGGGCGAGUUUAAUCAUGAAUCAAGAUACCGAAGAGAAUGAGAAAGUGAAAGAUGGUAAAUUUGUAAUAUUGGAUGGUAAUAAGGGCAAAAAUGCAGAAGGGAUUCAUCAUCAAAUGUCUACGCCUUCACAGUGUUGCCACAUCCUAGUCUGGAGGCAAGUUUUGGAGGAAGAAUAUUGUAUAUUGUCCAUCAAUUUCAUGACCUCUGCUUUGGAUUGCCUACGAGGAACUUGGCGCCAAUCUUCGUUGUAUGUUACUUAAAUGUUAAUUAAAGGUAAUUAUUAGGAAA